CUGCAGUAGGUGCAAAAUGAAAGUAAACAGCCGCUCAGUAUGUCAGAACUGUCGGCAAAGGAAAUAUUCGUGCGACGGAAAGCGUCCUUCCUGUUCUCAAUGCAUAGCAACCAAGAGAGACUACCCGGGAUAUGAAGAGGUGACUUUUCUACCACCCAAGACUUCUGGGAAACAGAUUAUCUCUUCUGGACCACCGGAAAGCCCUAUAUCACGUGAGGCGUCGCUAUCACUUUCCGGAUCGUCUACCGGGUGUCUCAUACUAAAUCUUUCGGCUUUUCGAUUGUCGACAGAUGAAGAAUUCUUUGCUUUAGUAACGGAGUAUUUUACUCCCGACUAUAACAGCCAGGAGCGAUCUGGCCGCCCCAAACAGCACCUCUCAACCCUGUGUAGCCCCUGGUUGGAGACCGUCCCUCUGCUUCUGGACACAAGCAGAAGUACAACCCUUCUGUCAGUGUCGCUCCGCACCUUAGGCUAUUCAAUUAUAGCCAAGGGAAAUGCGGACCCUAGACGCAGUCAAUGGGACCUCUGUCGCGCUGAGUCAUAUACGAAAGCUGUGCAUUCUUUGAGUAGUAAAAUCGCUGAAGAUGACGGUGGUUGCAAUGAAUCCGCUGCUGCUAUUAUGUGCUUAUGUCUGGCUGAGUGGUUAGUACUCACAUCCCGUGAGGGCUGGAUCGCUCAUAUCAGAGGCAUCGGCCGGAUGAUGGAAAUGUGUGGACCAGAGUCAUUUACUGGACCGAUCGCGCACCAGCUCUUUAUCGGGUUCCGGCCCCUAGUUAUACUGGAGGCGUGCAUCUCCCGCCAAGACACGUUCCUUUCUUCGGUCGAGUGGCAGACAAUACCUUUCGCAUUUCAUGAACCAUCGCCAUUGCAAACGCUAUUGAGCCACGGUUCUAUCCUACCAUCUAUCUUAGGAAGAGUCCAGACUACAGAUUCCCUCCCCCUCAACGAGAGGGGACCCCUGUGUGAAGGAGUCAUUGCGGAGUUGAUAAAUACUCUGCAGGAGCUUGACAAGUGGGAACGGUCUCUGCAAGCUACGAUAAAUGGCCCUCUGUGUUGGCCAAUAACAUCAUGCCCAUCCUCGCCAAGGUCUAUUAGCGCGGUAGCGGGGUCUCUGUGGUUCUACAGCCUCCCAGUCGCCACAGCAAUGACACAUUUGUGGGCCUUUCGUGCAGUGUCCUUCAGUCAGAUAGCACACCUGUUGUCAUCAAAUCCGGCGCUUUUCACGGACGCAAUACGUAUCUGCCUUAACGUAUCUGGAAUUGAGAAUUGUCAUCAGCAAACAGUUGCCUUCCAUAGAAUGGUUUGCCAAAGCAUGCUCUAUUUCAAGCAGGGCACGUUGAGAUAUUACGGUGCAGCUUCUGUCACGCUGCCGCUUAGAGUGACACAGAUGGCCAUAUGCCUGCUUCAUGCGGGAGUGUGAUAUUCGAAUAUCAAGCUGGGGUCAUGGAAUGCUUUUACCGGACGGGCUGCGUAUCAUGGCGAACAUUCCAGCUCAAAACGGGUUGCGCACCACUCUUGCGGAGGUGACCUUGCUCCCAUGGCUUGCCUGCGGCAACUGCCGUGCCGCUGUAUGCACGAACCACCAGGAGGUUAGGUGAAGAAGUCAGAAAUUUUUACACCAGUCCCAUUGGGAAGCUGAUGCCCUCUAAAAUAUGUUGGAGAGGUGUCCCGACUUCGGCCAUAAUGACUAGAAAGGCCGAUAUCGGCGAGAGACUCGCCGAUGACAGGAAAUGCCCACAUCGCUAUAAGGCGCUGGAAGCUGAAAUGUCAACUAUUAUGAUGCCAC